UUUUCAGGUGAUAAACCUCAUGUUUGCACAAUUUGUGACAAAAGAUUUGCUUUAGCAUGCAAUUUACGUGCUCAUUUAAAGACUCAUCAACAGAAUGGCGUUCCUAUUAAAAGCUGUCAACCUGCCUCAAUCCCAAUUUCAACAUCAUUUUCCUCAUCCCAUUCAUCUUCCUCCUCCUCUCUUUCAUCUUCAUCCUCACCUUUAUCCUCAUCACCAGCAUCCUCAUUAUCAUCAACAGGUUCCUCAGCAUUGUCAUCAUCAUCGUCAACAACAACAACAACAUCACCAUCAUUAUCAUCUUCAGCUUCCUCACUACCAACAACAACAGUAACAACAACGACAACAUCACCUUUAAUUGGAUGUAAUGAUAAUAAUAACGACAAUUUAAACCAUAAUAAUAACAAUUUGUUAUCCGGUGUUGGCCUUUUAAACAAUAUAACUCCACCAAUUAACCUUACAGAUGAAAAAGGAGCCUUUAAUAGUGAAGCUAAUUUACAAUUUUUCUUAAUGGCCGCAUCUAUUUUGGCAAUCAAAUAUCGUCAACAACAAGACAAUCAACAGCAACAAUCAACUUGAACAUCAUUUUGUAAUAAUAUUAUUAUCAUAUAAUCAACAUUUUUUAACCUUUCUCUUAAUCCAUCUUAAUAACAUGUUAUUAAACUACUUUUUUUAACAUCAACAUUUACCUAAACUCUGUACUCGACCAAGUUAAUCACAUUUCUCGUGCAAUAAAAUUUUAAUCAAAUA